AUAUAAUAUUUACUUUUUCUUUCCUCUAAUUUUAGAGAAAAUGAAGAUACUUUUUAUAAUUGCUAUAUUAACAGUAACUUCAACUGCACUUGUAAAUGAUGUUAAUGAAGAUUGUACAGUCAUAAAUCCUAUAGGUAAUACCAUUAUUAUGGCUGGCGAUAAAAUGAAAAUUGCCUGGGUGAAUUCUCAUGUAUCAAAUUUCUCAAAUAUUUCCUUGGUUCAAGCAGAUGGAAAUAGGACUCCUAUCAUUAUUGCUGAAAAUGUUCCUACUGCACCUGGUCAAAUCGUAGUUAAUCUUCCAAGAACACUUAUUCCUUCGAAUGCAUAUUAUAUGACACUUGGAACAAAACCAUAUCAAUGCCAGUCUGGUAAUCUUCGAAUUAUAGGAGCAGCUGCCAGUGUUCCUGAUCCUAAGGUACCUGAAACGUUUAAUAAUCAAAUCUCUUCUGGUAGAUUUCCAAAGAGUUUAGAUGAAUCAAAUGCAUCUUAUAUUGCUACAACAACUAUAGCUACAGUGCUACUCAUUAUAGGCUCUAUGCUUAUACUCAGAUAAUAUCUUUAAAUCUG